UUUACAUUAUUAUGUGACCACGUGUCAAGUAAAAUAUGACAACUUCACUGUAGUGUUCACGUUUUGUAACUUACACGAAGUUCUAUUUCAUUUCACGUAUUUGUUUUUGAAGCUUCAAAAUUAUGGUUAGACAUUUUAUUUGUUUUUUUUUAUAAGUCUUAUCUCAGAGGAAGAAAUAUUUUACGAAUAGCGGCAAAAAGGCCACGUUUUUCUUUAAAACUUUUCUCGGCAAAACAAAAUCUUUAUUCGGAAGUUAUCGCCCCCUGACCAGAGUUAACGACAAAGAACGCUUACGAUCAGAGAAAACCGGUCAAGUGCAGAGUUUUAAACUUAGCAUUGUACUUACUGCUAAUGCUAUGCUGUCGGGGAACUUAAUGAAUCAAGGCGUUUUGUGUGAUGUGGUCUCUUAAUUUACCGUCUCACCAUUCGCUGUUCAGUGUACUGCACACCACGACUAGAAGACUGUGAGUUAGAGCUUCGGAUGCGAUCAGUUGGUCUGGUUGCGUGAGCUUCGACGAAGACUACAAGUAAUAAACGCUUCAGUAAAUGUAUGUUUCAAUGACUUUAUAAAAGUUGAGAAAUGGGAAGAUCAGGCUAUACGUGUGUUCGUCGUACACUUUGUUGGCUCAAUCUGUUUUUUUGGAUUAUAGGGUGUGGCAUACUGGGAGUUGGAGUCUGGCUUCAUUUAGCAUAUGGAGGGUUUGCAAAACUGUUACCAACUUAUCGCGUACUAAGUGCUGAUAGCCUAUGUAUGGCUGCUGGAGUCCUUAUAUUCCUUGUUGGAUUUCUUGGCUGUUGUGGAUCUUGGUUUGAAACUAAAUGCCUUCUCGUGGUCGGUCUUCACGGACCCCAAAUAUUGUGUAAACAUCGGUGGCGACAGAUGGAAUAUUUCAUCAUUGUGGUGUUAGUUUUCCUCCUUGAGUUCACAGCUGGCACUUUAGGGUUUGCUUAUAGGAAGCAUAUUAGAGAGACACUACAAGAGGAACUUAAAGUAGGCAUAAAAGACAAAUACACCAUUAAUAAUGAUGCUGGACUGAAGAAUACAUGGGACCAAAUUCAGUUAAAGUUUGACUGCUGUGGGGUGAAGGAGUACACAGACUGGCACAAGAUUGCAGCUUGGCCUGAGAAGGAAUGGGUUCCUCAGUCUUGUUGCUUAGCAGAAUUCAGAAAAAAUUCUACUUGUGGUAAAACCCGUGAUAUCUACAUGUGGCAUCAACAGGGCUGCUAUAUGAAAAUCCAUAUGUGGCUGAUGGAGCGUUUGUACAUCAUGGGUAUCAUCUGUAUGGCAUUUGCUUUUAUCCAGCUGUUUGGUCUUAUCUCUGCCAUGUUACUGAUAUGUACAGUAGAAGAUAAAAGAAAGUCGAGGUGACAUAGUUAUACCAUUGAGAUAUUGUCCUUAUUGGUGUGGCAGUCUAGUAGAAUCUAUAAACUAAUUUGACUUGCAUCUUAUCUAAAUUAAGUGGGGAUUGUAGUUGCUGUGAUUAAACAUCUUAUGGCAGUCUUCCUAGGGAAGUGUUUGUUUACAAGUUACUGCAUUGUUAAUUGCCAAAAAAAUGGCAUGUGGAUAUAUAUAUAUAUAUAUAUAUAUAUAUAUAU